AUGAUUAACCAGUCGAUGUAUCCGCAGAAAAACAUAUACAACGGCUCGAAAAUCAUGUACCUUCAAAUGGAGAGAGGACUUACCAUACGGAUUAUUGACAGCUUAAACCUUCUUCCAAUGAAGCUGGCUGCUCUCCCCAAGGCAUUUGGUUUGAUAGAGCUGAAGAAAGGCUACUUUCCCCAUUGUUUUAAUACCCGAGAACACCAGAAUAUCCGUGGACCGUUUCUAGACCCAGAGAUGUAUGGUGUCAACUACAUGGGAUCCAGAAAUAGAAUCGAUGUUUUGAAGUGGUAUGCUGAGCAAAAGGAUACAUUUGACUUCCAAAAGGAAACGAGGGUGUAUUGUGUGUCAGAUGUCGCUGUUCUCAAAGAAGCCUGCCUUGCAUUUCAAGCUCUGAUGUUGAAAGCUACUGGUGAAAAAUAG